CCUCAGGAAGGAGUCUUCCUGGGUGUCUGCUGUUUACCCUGCCUAGUUUCACCUGAAACUGACCUAAUUGUUUCCAUGAUGGCCCAGUAAUCAGGCCUAUUGUUUUCUGGCUGCACCUCCCUCAUCGCUGUUAAAUACCUGAUUAUGAUGAUAAUAAGGAUAAGACUCCUCCCUGAGGGCAGGGCUUAAGCAACAUGCCAUCGUGACGCCCUGUAUUAUUUUAUUUUCAGUGUUUUAUGUAAAGCCUUUUGAAUGACCCUGUUCUGUGUGUAAAACGUAUCACACACCUGUAGUUGUCCUGCCUGCGAAUGGUUGGUAAUGUUAAUGUAACAUUGUAAAAUCAGCAGAUUAAUCAAUAAUAAGUGUGUGUGUGCAGUGAGAGCCACAGGAAACUGGAGUCACAUUCCUUGUAUGCAUACACAUACUUGGCCAAUAAAGCUGAUUCUGAAAAUAAUCUUUGGUUGCAGCUCUACCUGUUCCUAUGAUGAUCAUUAAUAUAAUGCUGAGUUUCAAUGCAGAAUUUGAUCAGUACGCAGAGGUGAAUAUACCAGCACACAUCAGCAGGAGAGUUUCAACUUCCCUGUCUGAUUUAGCAACAACUAUUGGAAAGGAGCAUAUAAGAAUAGAAGAAUUACACGAGAAGGUUUGAACAUAACAGGACAAAAAGUGAGCUGAACUGUGGACUGACAGUAAGACUGCUGCAGAGCUGUAGAGGACUGUAAAGUUACUGUUGUUUUCUGCUGACCUUAAGAUAUAUUCUUGCAUGUGAGAUUGAGCGCUUUUUGCGAAAACUGUUCUGUAAGCUGCAGAAAAACUCACACAGCAGAAAAAAAUAAGAUAAAAGAAGCAAAACAUCUCCCUAAAGAUUAAACUUCUCUUGUGCCAAAUGUAUGUAACUAUAAUAAUGUCUAAACCCGAAGGAGGAAACACAACCUCAUAAACAGAGCUGCAGUAAGAGGCGGAGAGACACUGGACAGAGGAGAGCGUCAACGUCACACUCCAGAAAUGAAACUUAAAGUUUGUCAGAGGGACAGCAGAGCUGCAGUCGAGACAAGUCUCUGUGUUUCUGUGUAAAGAAAUAUUAAACUGAGUUCUUCAGGUCUUUCUCAACAACUGACUCAAAUACUGUGUGUAGAUAUGUCUGCUGCCAGAAAUCUGCGAUCUGAAGAUCAGUUUCUGUGCUCCAUCUGUCUGGAUGUGUUCACUGAUCUUGUCACCAUACCAUGUGGACACAACUUCUGCAAAAACUGCAUCAGUAAACACUGGAAUACUAACGACCGGUACCUGUGUCCGAUGUGUAAAAAGGUUUUCAACACAAGACCUGAGCUGUACGUCAACACUUUGUUCUCUGAGAUGGCUGCUCAGUUCAGACAGUCAGCUCAACAGGAAGCCAGCAGCAGCAGCUCAGAGACACAAGUGUCCAAACCAGGACAAGUUCCCUGUGACGUCUGCACUGGAACCAAACUGAAGGCCCUGAAGUCCUGCCUGGUGUGUCUGGUCUCCUACUGUGAGACUCACCUGCAGCCUCAUCUGACAAUGUUGGGCCUGAAAAGACAUCAGCUGAUUGACCCAGUGGAGAACCUGGAAGGCAGGAUGUGUACGAAGCACGAUAAACCUCUGGAGCUGUUCUGUAAGACCGACCAGACAUGUGUCUGCAUGCUCUGCCCUGUUUCAGACCACAAGACACAUGAGUUUGUUCCUCUGAAGGAAGAAUGUGAAGGAAAGAAGGCCGAGCUGGGGAAGACAGAGGCUGAAACUCAGCAGAUGAUCCAGAAGAGACGACUGAAGAUUCAGGAGACCAAACGCUCGGUUGACCUCGGUAAGGAAGAUGCAGACAGAGAGAUCGCAGAAGGUGUUCAGGUCUUCACUUCUCUGAAGGAGUCUGUUGAGAGAGGCCAGGCCAAUCUCAUCCACACGAUCAAAGAGAAGCAGAAAACAACAGAAAAACAGACCAAAGCUUUCAUCAAAGAGCUGGAACAGGAAAUCUCUGAGCUGAUGAAGAGAAGGACUGAGGUGGAGCAGCUCUCACGCUCUGAAGACCACCUCCAUCUUCUCCAGAGUUUCCGGUCCCUAAACACCCACCACCAACCACCCACCAAAAACUGGACAGAGGUCAGCGUCCCUCCACCAUCAUAUGAGGGGUCUGUGGUGAGAGCUGUGGCUCAGCUGGAGGAGACACUCAGUAAACAGAUGAAGAAGCUGCUUGAAGCAGAGCUGAAGAGGGUCCAGCAGUAUGCAGUGGAUGUGACUCUUGAUCCUGAUACAGCACAUCCCGAACUCAUCCUGUCUGAUGAUGGGAAACAGGUGAAUCAUGAUGAUGUGAAGAAGAAUCUUCCAGACAACCCAGAGAGAUUUUCUAAUUGUCUCUGUGUUUUAGGAAAGCAGAGUUUCUCUUCAGGCAGAUUUUACUUUGAGGUUCAAGUUAAAGGAAAGACUGAAUGGAUUUUAGGAGUGUGCAGAGAGUCGAUCAACAGGAAGGGAUACAUAACACUGAGAUCUGAGGAUGGUUACUGGACUAUAUGGUUGAGAAAUGGAAAUAAGUACGAAGCUCUUGAUGACCCUCCAGUCGGUCUCUCUCUGAAGUCUCGGCCUCAGAAGGUGGGGGUGUUUGUGGAUUAUGAGGAGGGUCUGGUCUCAUUCUAUGACGUAGAUGCUGCAGCUCUUAUCUACUCCUUUACUGGCUGCUCCUUCACUGAGAAACUCUUCCCAUACUUUGGUCCCGGUCUUAAUUAUGGUGGUAAAAACUCUGGUAAAAAAUCACUAGCAAUUUAUUGAACAAUGAAGCAUUGCCAACAACACGUAUAUUCAUUGAAUUAAUUUUAUGGCCACUGUGUAUAUAAUAUAUACUAGACAAAGUUUUCAUACUACACUACUGGCACAGCAGUCAAUACUAGGAUGCCAAUGGAGUAGAGACAUAAAAACAAUGUUUUUUUUUAAUAAGAACAGUUAUUGUCAUGUACAAAUGUACAUUUUCAGUGGUAAUGUACAGUGUAAACUUGAUUUCAUCUGAAUACAAUUGGUUGUUCCUUUAUCAUUUUUCUCAUAUAGCAUCCGGGUUAACAUGAAGAGAAAGAGUACUGUAUGUGCCACUGUUAUAAAGGGUGGAUGUUUCAUUUUAAAUUGUAAUGCUACCUAAAGAGAAAAUAAAUUUGUUUACUGGUAUCUGUUAUGCUGAGCGAUGUAAUGAUAAGUUAAUAUUGCUUUUAGAAUAUAAAUUACUGGGCUACGUAUGCAAUUGUAGUGAUAUACCAUUCAUUUAGUUUGCGUUUAAGAUUUUACUUACUUGGUGUGAAAAUUACAUGGCUGUGAGUAUUAUUCUAUUAAUCUCUAUCGAUGUUAAUAAGGACAAUGUCUUUUCUCACCUAUUAUAAGAACAGACACAUUUGAUAGCAUUCUGUAUGUUACGUGUGUCACUAAACCAUUUUACAGCUGAACAGGGUUGGUAUCAGUUAACAACCAUGUGCCUUCACAACAAAAAAUUGCAGAUAUUUAUUUAGUAAACGAGAGAGAAUGGUCUACUCAACUGAAAAUGGCAUAAAGACAAUGUUUAAUGUUUAAUCUUCACAUAUACCAGGAUACACACUGAGUGAUUCAGUUCCAUAUCAGUUAGAAAUUGAAAAUUAACCCUGCAAUUUAAUCUUUCAUAAACUUAAAAAAGAAGUGUC